UUAGAGAAAGAAAAGGAUGGAAGAAAAGGGAAAAGUGAAUGGAGUAGCAGACAUGGCAGCCUGCUACCAGAGAUUUGAUCCUGCAGCAUAUCUGCAGUAUAACUACACUCCACCACGGGCUGAUUUUGAAAGAAAGGACAGCAUUGUGCCGUGGAAACUGGCAUGUCUGCAUAGAGCUUUCAAUGAAGGUGAUGUGAGUGGUGAGCUGCUGGUGGACAUAGGUUCGGGUCCCACCUUAUACCAGGUGCUGAGUGGCUGUGAGGUUUUCAGCAAGGUGCUCCUCACAGACUUCUUGGAGGUCAACAGGCAGGAGCUGAGGCACUGGCUUCAAGAUGAGGGAGGCUGCAGCCUGGACUGGACACCCUACCUGCAGCAUGUCUGCAAGCUGGAGGGACGACGGCCCUCAGCAUGGACAGAGAAAGCUGCAAAGCUACGUCAAGCCAUCACAGACAUCCUCCCCAUUGACGUGCACUGCCCUCAGCCUCUGGCCCAUGAUGCCCUUCCCUCAGCAGGGGCCGACUGUCUUGUGUCUUGCUUCUGCCUGGAGAGUGUCAGCCCUGACCUGGCUGCCUUUACCAGGGCUUUGGGCCACAUUGGGAGACUCCUGCGGCCUGGUGGCCACCUCCUGCUCAUUGGAGCCCUGGGAGAGAGUUACUAUUUUGGGGGGCCUGGGGUGAAGAUCCCUGUGGUCCCACUGAAUGAGGCCCAGGUCUGUGAUAGUUUGAAGGAGAAUGGCUACACCCUGAUCAGGCUGGAGGUUUACACACUGCCUCAGGACAUGAGAGUGGGGGUAGAUGAUGUGACUGGGGUGUUUUUCGUAAAGGCAAGAAAGGAUUAAAAGGCAGUAACUAUCCAGAUGAAAAUAUUAUGGAUUAACGUGAGGUAAAUGCAUGGUUAAAAACACAAACAAUUCAAAAAAAAAUGGGAUUAUCAGUGAUGCAUUUUACAAAUAUUCCAACAGACUUUCAAUUGAAUGAACUAUUUCAUGUUUUUCCUUUAAUUGUAUUGGUUCUGUAGAUGUCUUUUCUGAGGGUGAAUAUGUACAUGAGUUCCCCCUUUGUUGUUGGAAGAGCUCUGUGUUAAAUGUAAUUGCACAUUGCCUCCUGCAGUUCAAACACAGCAACUACAGCACCAAGAAUGUAAUGCUUCAAUUUUUGCUUUCAACACGUCAUAUAAUAUCAAAACAAAGCAAUUUUCAAGCUGUUUACAAACAGUAUAUUUUGAUAUACUAUAUACUUCUUUUCAGUUAACUAUUAUUCAGUUAAGAGGUUUGAGUUUCCUGUUAUGUUUUGUAUAAUGUGAUAAUGUGAAUAAAGAAGCAAUGCUAAAACAAGGCUUAUUU